AUGCCAACGCCGCACCACACGUCCCCCUUCGCGCUCACCAUCAACCCGUACCACCCGCCGCAGCCGACUAUCCACACCGCAUGGCGGGUCGAGUCCCCACCCACCAACCCCCGCGACACCGACACGCACCAUCCCGGCCCGUCGCAGCCCGCCCGAGAGCCCUCCCCGUUCGACUACGAGUCCCCAACCGACCGGUACUCGCCGCUGUUCAGGUACGUCUCGCCCGUCGACCGCUCACCCUCCCCGCCAAUAUGGAGGAGGUCCCCAACACCACCGCCGCCGCCACGCCCACGCCCCCGCCGCAGGAAUACACGCCAGCACAGCCCAACACGUACCCCGAUCCGCCGACGGCGGAGCGCCACGCCGUCGACUGACCUACUACAGCUGGUCGCAGCCACAGCCCCGCACGACCAGAGGAGGGUGUCCUCGACGGCGCCGUGGGAUGAGGAGGAGGAGGAGGGGGUGCGGGUGCGGGUGCGGUCGCCGUCGCUGGAUGAUUCUGAUAGCAUCAUGACGCGCAUGCCGUCGCCGGAUUUUUCAUGGACCACACUACCCAUACUGAACCACAGGAGAAGACCAUCACCGGGGAUGGAACGACGGACUCAGGCCCUGUCCUCGGAAGAGACAUACAAUGAUCUCUUCUCCACGUACCCAGAGGGCCCAGGAAGACUUCCGCUGCCGAGCAUGCUUGGGCCGAUGGGCGUCCCGGAUAUUGGUAUGUCUGACGGCUUCUUCACGCGGAUGCCCUCCCCCGUCCCGCUGGACCUCACAUCGGAGCUCCCUGUCAGCAUCCCGCAAGAAAGAAGAGUGACACAGUGGCAGGACCCGCGACCGCCGCCGUGGAGUGAUCCGGGGGUUUUGACCUGGCUGUCGGUGGCGAGUGGGCACAGGCGUCCAACACCCAAGGCAGAUCCGGAGCCUGCCACAAAGCCAGAGCCCGAGCCAGAGCCGGAAGCGGAACCGGAACCGACGCUCCAAACCACCGCUGCACUGCUGGAAACCCUGGCCGCUGACCUCGCGGCUGGUGCGAGCCGUGCGGCGUGGGGGAGGGUAGAGAGGGCGCUUACUGGGCUACGAGCCCUCCACCUGGCAGGUAGUUCGGGCGCCGGAGCAAGGGCUGGGGGUGGAGUAGGAGGGGAGUGUGUGAUAUGCUACGAACGACCUGCUGACAGUGUGUUUCGGCCGUGUGGGCAUCUCGUGCUCUGUUCCGAAUGUGUAGUGUCCGAGCGCGUCGGUGGCGGGCCGGCUGGAAAAUGGCCGGUUGUGAGCUGUCCAGUGGGACGCUGUGGCGCGGUGGUGGAGGCGGCGGUGAAGGUGUUUCGGGGGUGA